UUUAGAGUCGUCGGCUUACACCACCGGCCCGAGUAAGCUGGCAUCAGGCACAGGCCUCACCUUAAACAUCUCGUCGGCACAGUCAGCUGGCAGCAGCCAGUUCUCUCAGAUGUCACCCCGUGUUAUCCCGUACAUUCCUGCCGUCACAUUCCACAACGUAGACCCCACCCCCAAACUCACUGGGAAUAAUCUGCCUAUAUCUAGCCCCUUGCCCGACCCAAGAAACCAGCAGUUCAAAAUUUCCCAGAACCCUUCAAUGACAUUAAGCCUAGCGGGUCCCAACACCCCGGGUACCCCCUUGACUCCUGCCACCCCCGACACCCCGACAGAUUUGAGUGGCACCAGAAGAAAACUCAAGGACAAGCUGUUGCUGAGACAAUCCCUAAGCGUUGAAAGGGGCCACGAUAAAGCAUCAUCCAUGGAUUCACCUCAUCCAGGCUUCAUGCUGAAACCCUUUACAGAGUCCCCUACCGUGUUGCCCUCCCCGCCACCACUGCUGUUUUUCCCAUCAGCCACCAAGCCCAGCACACCGGCCACCACCUCUGUCCUUCUGGCAUCCCUUACCAAGCCCAUAAUGUCAUCACUGAAACUUGGCAGCCAACCCAAUGCUCUAAUCACCACAGCCGUCAUGGGGAAACCAAAGGAGACUGAGAAACUCCCUGACACAUUCUACAGAUCAGAGUCAGAAACCCACGCCAGUUCAGAAACUGCCAAAGUCCACUCUCCUGUCAUGAGGGCAUUUUCAGAGCCUGCCGCGGCUAAGAGGUUGAAAAAACCCAAGCAAAUGAAGCCAUCGC